AUUCGCAAUGAGGAGAAUAAAGAAAGAAGUCUGGAGGAGACUUUCAGGAAAACUGUAGAAAGCACCCAGAAGGAAAAAUAUGCACUGAAUCGAAAAGUUGCCCAGUUGACAGCUGAUCUGGAGGUUGUGAAAUCAGAGAAGCUGCAUGCUGUAAGCAGACAGAAGAUCUUGGAGGAAAGAAUCAGAACCCUAGAGAAGGAAGUCUCCAACAAAAUGGUCAAGUUUGAUGGGCUGGUUAAAGAGGUUGAAGAUUCAGCAGAUCGCCUAAUGCGGUAUGAAGCACAAACAUCACAUCAGCGGCGGGAACUAGAGUUCAAACAUCAAGAAAUAGAAAACGUCAGACGAGAACUGAGGGAACUGUGGCUAGCGCACAACCAGCUGACAGAACAUUCCGGGCAGCAGGCUGAUCUUAUCAGGCAGCUUCAGUCAUUACAACAAGAUACACAAACAAUGUUGAAAAACCAAGAGGAUGCUUUCUGUAUGGAGAAUUCUUCUUUACAGAAGAUGUUCACGGACGUCAGCACUAGGUACGAGUCAGCAAAAAGGACGGAAGCAGACCUUAGGCAGCAAAUCUUGGAGUUGAAAAAGAGUCUUAUGGACAAAGAUGAUAUCAUAAGCUCCUUGCAGUCGCAACAAGAAUCUGUGUACCCAUCCUGCAAACAUGAAUCAGAAAACAGACAGUUUGGAGGACAGCUUCAUUACAGUGGCAGUUUUCUGGACAUUUUGCAGGCAGUUGAUGAAGCUGAGAAGCAAAAAAAUGCAAUUUCAAGAACACGAGGAAGAUCAUUAAAUCGACUGUUUGAUCUAGACAAUAGAAACAGCCCUGACAUUGAUAUGAAAAGGACAAGGUCACUGUCCCCUCCAACAAAAGACACAGAGCCCAGGCUGGAACCUUGUGAUGUCCGAAAGGUUGCUCAGCUGCAGAAGGCGUAUGAUUUGAAGGUUCGCCAAUUAGAAGAAAUGAGACGGGCUCAUGAUAAACGUCUGCAAAGAUUCCAGAACCUUCAAGCAAGUUACCGAUUGGUUAGAGAAGAAUUGAAAUCUUUGGAGUUUUCAAGGGGUGUAAGACCAAAGAAACCAAAGCGUGCAGAUCCUCGGUCACUGCAAAAAGAGAAUAGUGACCAAGUGUGGAAUGAACUAGCAUAUUUGAAAGCUGAGAACAGGACGCUGCAGGUUGACACAGUAUCCCUUCAGGAAGAAGUGGAUCUGCUCCGGGUGCAGGCCUGUCACGAUGUGGCUGCAGUUCAUGAAUUGAAGAUGGCUCUACAGAGUCAGAAGGAGGAGUAUGAGUUUCAGUUAAGAAGCCUGUGUCGAAAGAGCAGAGAUAAGAGAGAAACUGAUAAACAGUUGUCACUUCUUAAAUCACAGGUCCACAGUAAAACUGUCCACAUCGAGAAGCUGGAGAGGGAUAUCAUGCGAGCUGUUAGCCAGAGGGACGAUCUCAUCCAAGAGAAGAGUAAAAUAAUAUCGGGUUUGACCAGCACCCAGCAGGAAGCAUCCAAGUAUCGAAUGGAGCUUGCAGAUAUGAAACAUCAACUUCAAAGUCUCAGACAUAAACUGGAAGAUGUCAGACAAAAGUCACAUGAUGCUAAAGUGGCACAAGAUAACAGAAACGCUUUUUACGGAUCUGAUGACCUUGUCAGUGCAGUAGCCUCUAGUCUGAUGACAAAGAAUAGGAGGAAAAAUCAUAAAGUUCCAGCGCAGCAGACACCUCUGAGUCACAGUGCAGAAGACACAUCUGGACUAGAUAAUGGCAGUGAUGAGGAGUGGGAAGAAGUGUGUGAACCUGGCAAUAGUGAGUCUGAGUCACAGCCUUCAAGUUUGGGGAAAACUAUUGCAAAGCAUUCUCGUGUCAAGAUUCAUAGAGUUAAGGGACUUCAGCCAGACAUUCUGAACAAAAAAACAAAACCACAUAGAAUCCCAAUACAUCGACCUGUACGGACAACAGCAAAUAAACGGAUAUCAGAAAGAGCAGCCGGUCACACAAAAUUACCUCUGUGGAUUAGUUGUCCAGUGGAUCACGGGGCACAAAGAGAAUUUGCCACUUCACCCAUUGCAUUCAUCAAUCCCACAUCAUCAUCUUUAUCACCACUGACAAGUCAACCAGCAGCGUUUACAACAACACCUCCACCUCCCUGUCUCACGUCAGCAGCAUCCACCAAUCACUCAGCUCGAAGAACUGCCGAAAGUAGAUCAAUGGCAGCUCUCCGACAGAGGAUGUCCCGCCUUCAGCAGCAGGUAUCGGUGCUGAAGAAAGCUAAGGCGUCUGCUGCACAAUCAGAGGAGUCAUUGAGAGAAACAGUAGAUAAACUGAAAGUGGAACUUUCUUCAGCUUACGGCAGAUUGAAAGCUGCCAAGCAACAUAUUCAGAAGCUACAAGUAGACCUGGAGAAAUUGCAGACAGAAAAACAAGUUUUGGAUGAUGGUUCAUCGUCAAACAAGGCUGACACAAAAACUGAAGUGUCAGCAGACGUACAGGAAAUAAAAAUUCUAGAAGCAAAACUGAAGGUAGCUUUGAAUGAGGCAUCAAAGCAGUCUGUGGCAAUGAAAGCAGUGAAGACAGAAAAUGAAAGUCUUCAUGACCAGGUUAAGACCUUACACGACAGAAUUAACCACCUGGAGCGAGACAUCACUCAGAAAAGAAACUUGCUGGAAAGUCAAAGAGUCAAGCUGAAACAAGUGCAAGAUGUUAGUAAAGCAGAUGCAGAGAAUCUUGAGGAUCUUCAGACGAAACAGAAACUGUUGACAGACACCAAUAAUAAAAUGAAGGUUCAGCUGGAAUCUCUCAAGAAUAGACUGACAGCGAUCAUGAAGGAGAAGAAGCAAUAUGAAGAGAAGUUGAUCAAGGUGUCCCUGGAGCUGGAUCUUAAAACCAAGCAGUUGCAGGAAGCUUGCACUCAGAGAGUCAGUCUGGAGACGGCCCUGGCUGAUCUGGAGGCAUCAGCAAAACACCAACUUCAUGGCCUGGCGUCCCAGUCUGAGGCAGCUAUUGAUGUUGCUAGAGAAAAACUGUUUGAGUCUCAGACUAGAUUAACACAGUUCUACACGGUUCUGAAGAUCCUGACCUCAGAGCUUCUCAGUCGGGUGGAUGAUGCUCGUUUAAAGUUUAAGGAGGUGAAGAUGGCUGAGGAGCAGACACCACGAGAAGGUGACUUGUCUCUCCAAAAGGCUCAGGACAGAGCACGAGAUAUUCUCAAUCUCAGCUAUUCUGACCUCGAAGAUAUCAUGAGUGCAGAUGGAGACAGAGAUUGUCAGGAGUCACUUUCAGAGGAAAAUAAAAAGUUGGACAAACGAUGGCUGCAGAAAUGUGAGAAGCUGUUGGACAGGAAAGGUGACUUUGUACAGCCAUUGGUCAACUUGCUGCUACAGAAAAUUGACGAGAGAGCGGAUUUACUAUUGAAGCUCUCUUCCUGA